AUGGGCCAAUUUGACGGUCGUGUGGUCAUCGUCACAGGGUCCUCUAAUGGAAUUGGCCGAGCGACUGCCGUAAAAUUCGCUAAAGAAGGGGCAAUGGUGACAAUUUGUGGACGAGAUGAGAAGACGCUGAAUGAAACGAAAUCGAUGGUACUAGCGGUGAAUGGUAGCGAUGAGAAGAAGGUUUUCAUGGUUCGUGGUGAUAUUUGUCAAGAAGAAGUAAAGAAGGAAAUUGUCGAAGGAACAGUGAAUGCAUUUGGUCGGCUGGACGUUCUGGUAGGGCCCCUUACUUCUUGA